UCCAUUGGUAUAUUGUUUCCUGACAAUUAUUGUCAAUUUGGCUCAAAUAAACUCAUAAAAAUUUCCUACAGGAUUGGACAUUUCUGAUAAGGACUCUAAGAGCUAUUGAAUCGGGUGAAACUGGAAGAAGUUACAUGGGUGGAUGUAAGCAUUUCUGGGGACACAUCUGACUGGAGACAGAGAUCUGAACAGAAGUUUAGAACAGACCUAGAACACACCAAGACAGAGCCUCCCUGUUGCCAGCUCUUUUCAGAGAACAGAAGAAAAUGCUCCAGGCUCAGCACAUCACACCAUUGAACAGCACGGUGCUGUUACAGGAAUCCCUAACAUUUCAUGAUGUGGCCGUGGACUUCACCUUAGAGGAGUGGCAGCUCCUGGACCCCAAUCAGAAGGACCUGUACAGGGAUGUGAUGUUGGAGAACUACAGCAACCUGGUGUCAGUGGCAGGGUAUCAAGCCAGCAAACCAGACACACUCUCCAGGUUGGAACGAGGGGAAGAACCGAGGGCAGUACAGGAUGAAAUGCACCAUGUAGUCUGCCCAGAACUCAGGAGAGUUGAUGAUCCUCUGCAGUGUCACUUGCAAAGUCAAAGCAUUCAGAAGACUGUGGAACAAUGCCUUGAACAUAAUAUGUUUGCAAAUAUUGUUAAUCAGGGCGAAGGUCAUUUCAUACUAAAGCAAAACUAUGAUAUGAUUAAGAUAAAUGAAAAACCUUUAAAAUCAAAUUUAAGUAUUAAAAACCUAAACAGCAGCUAUAAGUUAAAGGAUUCUGCUGAGUUGAAUGGAGGUGGGACAUCCAUUCUGCAUGCUAACCAUGAACAAUUUUAUACUGAAAUCACAUUGCCUGUCAGUACUGAACCCAUCACUAAUAAGUCCCAGCAACAGAGAACUCACAAUGUAGAGAAAGCCCACUUAUGCAUUCAGUGUGGGAAAGGCUUCAUAAAUAUGUCUGAGCUCACUGAUCAUCAGAGUUUUCAUACUAGAAAGAAAGCUCAUGGAUACAGUAUGUGUGGGAAAGCCUUCUCCAGAAAAUUGCGUCUCACUGAACAUCAGAGAAUUCAUACAAGUCUAAAACAGUAUAAAUGCUCUGAAUGUAGCAAAACCUUUCUCAAAAUAUCACAGUUCACUAUACACCGGAAAACUCACAAGAAAGAGAAACGUUAUGCGUGUACUGAAUGUGGGAAAACAUACAUCAAAAACUCUCUGCUCAUCAGUCAUCAGCGAACUCAUACAAGAGAGAAACCCUAUGGAUGUAGUCUAUGUGGGAAGACUUUCUGUAGUAAGACUAAUCUCAAAACACAUGAGAAAACUCAUACAGGAGAGAAACCUUAUAUGUGCAGUGAAUGUGGAAAAGGUUUCAUCAAGAAGAGCCAUCUUAUUAUACAUCAUUGUACUCAUACUGGAGAGAAACCCUUUGUAUGCAGUGAGUGUGGUAAGACCUUCCAUAGAAAGACAAUUCUCACUGAUCAUCAGAGAAUUCAUACAAGACUAAAUCAGUACGAAUGUACUGAAUGUGACAAAACCUUCCCCAAAAUAUCACAGUUCACUAUACACCGGAAAACUCACAAGAAAGAAAAACGUUAUGCGUGUACUGAAUGUGGGAAAGCAUACAUCAAAAACUCUCUACUCAUCAGUCAUCAGCAAACUCAUACAGGAGAGAAACCCUAUGGAUGUAGUCUAUGUGGGAAGACCUUCUAUAUGAAGACUUACCUCAAAAAAAAACAUGAGAAAACUCAUACAGGAGAGAAACCCUAUGGAUGUAGUUUAUGUGGGAAAACCUUCUGUAUGAAGACUUACCUCAAAAAACAUGAGAAAACUCACACAGGAGAGAAAGCCUAUGGAUGUAGUCUAUGUGGGAAGACUUUCUGUAGUAAGCCUAAUCUCAAAACACAUGAGAAAACUCAUACAAGAGAGAAACCUUAUACAUGCAGUGAAUGUGGGAAAGGCUUCGCUGAGAAGAGCUAUCUUAUUGUACAUCAUCGUACUCAUACUGGAGAGAAACCCUUUGUAUGCAGUGAAUGUGGUAAGACCUUCCAUAGAAAGACAAGUCUCACUGUACAUCAGAGAAUUCAUACAAGACUAAAUCAGUAUAAAUGCACUGAAUGUGACAAAACCUUCCCCAAAAUAUCACAGUUCAAUAUACACCAGAAAACUCACAAGAAAGAGAAACCUUAUGUGUGUCCUGAAUGUGGGAAAGCAUACAUCAAAAACUCUCUACUCAUCAGUUAUCAGCGAACUCAUACAGGAGAGAAACCCUAUGGAUGUAGUCUAUGUGGGAAGACCUUCUACAGGAAGACUUAUCUCAGAAAACAUGAGAAAACUCAUAUGGGAGAGAAACCUUAUAAGUGCAAUGAAUGUGUAAAGGGUUUCUUACAGAAGAACAGGUUGACUGUACAUCAACGGAUUCAUACAGGAGAGAAACCUUAUAGAUGCAGUGAAUGUGGAAAAGGCUUCAUCGAGAAAAGCUAUCUUAUUACUUAUCUCAAAAAACAUGAGAAAACUCAUACAGAAGAGAAAUCUUAUAAAUGCAGUGAAUGUGGAAAGGGUUUCCCAAAGGAGAACAGAUUGAUUGUACAUCAAUGGACCCACAUAGGGGAGAAACCAUAUAGAUGUAGUGAAUGUGGAAAAGGCUUCGUUAACAACAGUUACCUUAUUGUACAUCAUCGUAUGCAUACUGGAGAGAAACCCUUUAUAUGCAGUGAAUGUGGUAAGAUCUUCUCUAGAAGGGUAAAUCUCACUAUACAUCAGAGAAUUCAUACAGGAGAGAAACCCUAUGGAUGUAGUCUAUGUGGGAAAACCUUCUAUAUGAAGACUUACCUCAAAAAACAUGAGAAAACUUAUACAGGAGAGAAACCCUAUGGAUGUAGUCUAUGUGGGAAGACUUUCUGUAGUAAGCCUAAUCUCAAAACACAUGAGAAAACUCAUACAGGAGAGAAACCUUACAAAUGGAAUGAAUGUGGAAAGGGUUUCUCACAGAAGAACGGGUUGAUUGUGCAUCAAUGGACUCUUACAGGAGAGAAACCUUAUAGAUGCAGUGAAUGUGGAAAAGGCUUCAUCGAGAAGAGCUAUCUUAUUGUACAUCAUCGUACUCAUACUGGAGAGAAACCCUUUGUAUUCAGUGAAUGUGGUAAAACCUUCCAUAGAAACAUAGUUAUCACUGUACAUCAGAAAACUCAUACAAAAGAGAAGCCCCAUGGAUGCAGUCUACACAGGAAAGUCUUUGGUAAAAAGUCUACCCUCAAAAUACAUGGGGAAACUCAUACAGGAGAGAAACCUUUUUUAAUGCAAUGAAUAUGGGAGAGGCUUCUCAGUGAAGUUCUGUCUCAUCAGACAUCAGCAAAUUCACACUGAAGAGAAGCCCUAUGUGUGUGGUAUUUGUGGAAAAGGCUUAACCAUGAAGCAUGACCUCACUGUACAUCACCAAAGUCACAUGUCAGAAAAACCAUGUAUGUGAGAUGAAUGUGGAAAAGACUUCACUGAAAAGUCAUCUAGUUGUACAUCAGCAAAUUUACAAGGAGAGAAACAGGAGAGAAACCCAAUCUAUGCACUGAAUGUGCACAAGUCUUCUGGGUGAAAAUGCAGCUGAUUGUACAUGAACAGACUCAUACAGAAACCUUGUAUAUAUAAUGAAUGUGGGGAAAGAUUGACAGCUAAGUGUAAUCUCAUCAGACAUCAGCUAAAACAUGGGAGAGAAGCCUUAUGUAUAUAGUGUGUGUAGAAAAGGCUUGACCACGAACUGAUCUCACUUUAUAUUAGUGAACUCAUAAUUGAGGAAAAAACAUAUGUAAUGAAUGUGGGAAAGGCUUCA